AAAAGAGAGCUCAGUGCGAUUAAGACCCUUGGCUCGAGAUGCGAUCGCUUCCCUCGCUCCUGUCACUGCUGGGGCUGCUCCUGGUCCUGCUGCUGGGCUCGCAGUGCAGCGGCACCGGAAAGGUGAUCUACUUUAACCACUUGAACGAAACCCAGUCGGCAAGGGCAUCCAAGAACCAGACGGAUCUGCUUGGCAAGUCCAUGCUGUUCGACACGCGAGGCAAUCGCUGCCGACACGGCUUCAUACGCGAUCAUCAUGGACGCUGCCGGCGGCUUGUCUAAAAAUGGAAUAUUCCGAUUAGUCUAGUUUAUUUUUAGUAUGUGUUUAUGUUAAGUCUGUGUUGGCCCCGUGAUUAAAGUGAAAUGAAAGCAAAACAA